AGUGACGCAGAUUCCACAUAAAAAAUUUGCUUUAUCCUUACGCACAAGAAGAAAAAUGAUAUGAGUCGCCACAGAUAGGAGCAUACAAAUAACAUGAAAUGACUGCGCUUGUGAAGACACAAAAACGACUGUUACUCCAGCUAUGCCAACCUGUAGUUUGAGUGCCACGCUUCAGGCUUUUAUGCGAUUUUGUUGCGUGGGUCCUGCUCCUUUCGACGACAUUGCCGACAUAUGUGACGAGUGCGAGUUUCCACAAAAUAGAGUCCGGUCUCCAGAACCUUCCUCAUACUUAUCUUUUCGUUCCACCGCUGACAAGAACUUGAACAUACGCACUGAGUCGAUGAUCAGAAAGUCGCGCAGCACCAGCUGCAGUCUCGAACGUUGUGAGCAAAAGCAAGAAACAAAAAGCGAGGCUCCUGACAAACUGCUCAACACGGAUGGCCAAAAAACCCAGAAGAACGUCCGCGACGGGAUCCUCGCCGAUGAUGACACCGACGACAGCGGGAGAAUCCUCAGCGUCGAGUGGAUCGAGUCUCCAGAAAGCUCCGUUUCCUCCGAAGACCGUCGAAAUCGACGAAAUUUGGGGGCUUUUGGCGUAGAAAAUGCUGCCGUCUUGCACACAGAGAACAAAAGUCUGCCGGCCGUCGACCACAACGAUUUCGGUGAUGACUGCGCUACACUACAGUCCCCUAGCCAACAUUGCACGACCACCCAAUCCGAAAACUUACCUUUGCCUUUGAAAUCGAAGAAUGACGGUUUGCGCGAUCUCAGACGAUCAGAGCGUCCUUAUGGGUUGCCAAGAGUUGCUUAGCAUAGACACUGAUCGAGUGACUACACUAUUCUUAAUUUUGUUUUUUCGUCUUCCUAUCCUGAGUAAAAGUUUGCCUAGUUUAUCACUAAUAAAACUUGUUGACGGUGC